AAUCACGUAACGUGAUGGCGUCACAAGUGCCCACUAAGUGAAGCUAAGAAACUGGGUAUUACAAGUAUUGAAAAUAUAGUGGGUACACAUUUGGGUAAGGAGAGUAUGGCUUCUGGUUCUGAUAAGACGGUUGGUACGUCGUCAGUAAUCAGCCUUGACACCCAGAAGCGAUUGGUGUGCAUCGAGUACCCGGCAGUUGUGAAAAACGUUGGGAACAUGCUUACCACAUUAGGGGGCGAGGAAGGAGUAUCUAAAAUUUAUGCAGACCCUUCCAAACGACUAGAGCUGUAUUUCCGUCCCAAGGAUCCAUACUGUCACCCUGUUUGUGCCAACCGGUUUCCUUCCACAAACAUGUUAUUAAGAGUCAAGAAGAAGACCAGAAAAAGGAAGGCUGGAAUGUCAGACGCACAGCAGGAGACACCCAGAGAAGUAAAGUUUGAAAUGGAAAUUGUUGGAAUAGUUGGAUCCACUUUUAAAUUUCAAGGUAUGUCUGAUUUUCAAUACCUGGCAAUGCAUACGGGUCAUAAUGGAGAGCAUAUAUCCAUGUAUGAUAAAACUUUGCUGUGGAAGCUAGAGACAGAAGAAUUCUUUACUAAGGAUGUGCCACUGUUUAUUCCACCACCUAUCUUCUCUCGACUGGACACUCCUGUAGACUACUACUAUCGUCCUGAUAUCCAGCACAGGUAA